AUGAGAAAUUCUACGUCUCCCGAUGAUGAUCCAUUCUUUCUACUAAAUGGACAAGUCUCAGACGAGACCUUAGACGCCGACGAGCCGAAUAUAUUCAUUGCGAUCAUGGGAAUGACAGGCGCUGGAAAGAGCACGUUUAUCUCACAUUGCACGGAUGUGAAAGUUGCGAUAAGUGACCCCGGCGCUCUGCAAUCUUGUACACAGGAAGUUCACAUGUAUCGAUGCACAUAUUUUAGUCCGCGCGCCAACGUCUAUCUUGUCGACACUCCGGGCUUCGAUGAUACAGAUCGCAAAGAUACCGACAUCCUCAAAGAGAUCGCCACCUGGUUGACAAAGACUUACAAGCAGAACAUCCACUUGAGUGGUAUUUUGUACCUGCAUCGCAUCUCCGACAAUCGUAUGGGUGGGUGUGCGCAUCGAAAUCUUGUCAUGUUCAAAAAGCUAUGUGGACCUGAAGGGGUCAAGAACGUGAUAUUUCUCACCACCUUUUGGGAAAAGGUAGAAGGGUCUGAUGGCGAUACCCGUGAGCAAACUCUGAAGACUACCGAGAAAUUCUGGGGCUACUUUGUUGAAAGGGGGGCCCAGGUCCAGAGGCAUUGGAACAACCAUGACUCUGCGAUCGCCGUCAUACAGAACUUCGUACCUCUUGAUAUAACCCAGUCACCUCAGCAUGUGAAAUUGGCCAUUCAGACUGAGAUGGUUGACUCACACAAGGAUCUGGAUCAAACUUCCGCCGGUCUGGAGUUGCAGGGCGAACUCCAAAAGGAAAGGGAGAAAAUGCUACAGGAGUUAGAAGAAAGAGCCAAGGAGAUCCAAGAAGAAAAGGACCAGGAGCUGCGCGAAAUUCUCCGGAAAGACCAAGAAAACCAGGCCAAAGAACUCCAACGCAGAGACACAGAGAUUCAAGAGCUCAAGAUCAGCAUGGAGAGGAUGCACGAAAAGAAGAUUCAACAGCUAGAGGAGCGCUUAGCGGACCAGCAAAAUCAAAAUCGCAUCCAUCUCGAAGAAAUCGAGCGGGUUCUUCAGAGCCAUCGAGAGAAUGUUCAACAGAUUCAAGACCAGCGCGACCAGGAAGCGAGUCAAAUCGAGCAGAUGAGCCAAGAAAUUAGAGAUCUGAAAGAUAAAAAGAUCGAACAGAAGCAAAUGGACUACGGAACGAUCAAAUACAAGGCGGACGACGAGGGAGAUGAAGUCCAUCUGUUCACAUUUGUUAGCCCCUAG